AUGUGCGUCAAGGAGGAUCAACCUCUCGUCGACCAGUGCUGCACGUUCUGCUGCAAGGCAGUCGACUUUGGCACCCAUGACUACUGCGCAAGCCACUGGGGAGCCGCCGCGAACACCGUCUGGCUGGUUACCCUUCGGCUACUGUUUCUCCCGGUUCAACACAACUAA